AUGGCGGCUCCACCGAGUGCAUCAACACCGCCUAAAUCUCGUGGUCAUACUUUAUUUGAUCGUCAAGCAGAAAGACAUGCACGUGAUUCUAAUGCAUCCAGUAAUCCUCCAGCAACUAUUUUUGAUAUACCCUUACCACAAUUAAAACCAGUUCAUUCUAUCACAUCAGCAUCUACUACAGCAUCGGCUAUGAUAUAUCGUCAACCUCCACAUAAUCAAUAUUCACCAUUACUUACUCAUCGUCGAUCACCUUUAUCAUCUUCCCAAUGUAAUUUUAAUUCAAACGAAAAUGUUCAAUUAAUUAGUGUACAACCUCGGCCUGAAUCAACUUAUAUUAAAGAAUGGCCAUCACCACCACCUCUUCCAUUAAAAAAAUCUGAACCAUUACUUGAAACGGAUUUUCCAUUAAUUGAAAAUUCAACAAUACCUACGAGUAAUUCAAUGCCAAGUGAUUCAUUAUGUUGUGCUAUGGUUGAACAAGCAUUUGAUUAUUUACAAAAUCAUGAUGAUAAUGAUGAUGUUGUUUAUAAAAGAACGUCAUUACAAAAUGUUGAUGGUUCUGAUAAUGAAGAAAAUUCUGAGGGUAACGAUAGUGUAGAUACAAUUGAUCUUGAUGCAACAACAAGUACAAAUCAUCAAAACGAUAGUGGUAUUCAUACAUUAUCAUCAUCACGAGGAAAUAGUGAAAAACAACAUGAUAGUCAAGAAAAAUUAACUGAUCAUCAAUCUCCAAUGGCAUCAUCAUCACGUGGUACAGCUAGUGAAGAUAAUGAUAGUGAUUUUGAUAAUCAAUCUCAUGAAGAUGAUAUUGAUAAUGAAGAAGAACAAAAUACUAGUCGUAAACCAAACGAAGAUUCAACUAAUGAAGAAGAAGAAUCACAAAAAUUAUUAAUUUUACGACAACAAAAAAUACUUUGGGAUAUUGAACAAGAAUGGUUACGAAAAGAAAGAAGUUAUAUUGAACAAUUAGAAAAAUUGGAUAAACAGUUCAAUUCGAUAUCAAUACCAAUUAAUUUACAAACUUCAAUUCAACAAUUAAUUACUCAUCAUAAAACUGUUUGUAAAGAAAUUGAACUUUUAUAUGAACGUGAUCAUCGUCCACCAAAUCUAACUAAACAGUUAACAUGUGCCAUUGAAGCAUUAAUGCAAACACUUUCAAUCUACGAUGAUUAUAUCAAAGCAAAUUUAGCACCGAUAAGAAAAGCAUUAGACAAACGUCCAAUGAAUAAUGGCAUGUCUAGUGAAGAUCUUUUAUCAAUACCUACUAAACAAUUUCUUCAAAUACUUUCACAAGUACAAGAUUUACAUAAAACAGCUCAAUCUUUUGAAACAAGUGAUCAAGAAAGUUUAACGAAAUUAUAUAAUUACGCCCAACGAUGUAAAUUAUUUGGUAUUCGACAAGAUGAAAAUAUUAAUAAAAUUAUUUUAAAGAAUGAAGAUGUUGCUCGAAUGAUCUCAAAAAGUUCUCGUGAUCGUUGUCGUCUUAUUCUUUAUCCGGAUGUUAUUGUUUGUUGUUACUUAAAAACAAAAUUAUUAGCAAGCCCAAAAUACGCACUCCAUUGGUUUAUUCCAAUGAUUGAUCUUCAUUGGACAAUACCACAAAGCCCUUCUGAUGAUAAUACAAAAACCGGUGAUGAAUUAAAAUUACACUUAAAAACAGCUUACAAAGAAUUAGAAAAAGCACCAAAAUCAAGUAAUAAUGUUGCUUCUCGUUUAUCAAAAAAUAUUCGUCGACAAGAAAACGAAUAUAAUUUAUCUCAAUCAAAAUUACAAUUAAUUCUUUCAAAUUCAUCUUCAUCAAUAUCAUCUGUCAUACUUUUUUCAUCGGCAUAUCAACGUCAAGAUUGGCUUGAUUUAAUUGAUAAAACUAAACAAGAACUUGUUCAACGUAGUUCAACAUUAACAGAUCCUGUAAAUACUCAUCAUCAACGUUUAACUGAAAAUCUUAUUCAAAAACGUCUUGAUCUUAUUAAAGCAAAUUCACAAGAUUUUGCUUCUUAUGAACCAUCAUCAAUAUCAAAACAAAGUAAAACAUAUUCCGGUACAUUACAUAUAACAAUACACAGCAUACAUGGUUCAGCAUUAUCGAAUCCAGUACGACAACAACCAACAUUACCAAUUUUAACAUCGUCUACAGAUAAUAAUUAUCAAUUUUAUGUUGCUGUCGAAAUUGAUUCCUAUAAUACAUUUUUUCCAUAUGCACAAACGGCUAAACGAUCAAUGCAACAACAUGAAUCAGUAGAAUUCAAAGGCGAAGUAUUUCAAGUUGAAUUAGAAUAUUCACUUGCAUUCCGUUUACUCAUCUAUCGUAUUGAUACUGUAACAACAGGUAAUCCUACGAGUAAUUCACAACGUGCACAAUGUAUUGGUAAAUUUCAUCGAAAUAUUGAAACUGCAUUACAAGAUUGUGAUCGUAAUAGUAAUGGAAUAUUAACAAUUGAUUCACCAUCUGGUGAUUUAAAAUUGAAAAUUUCAUUAAAAUAUUCCAAACGUGAAGGUACAUUUAAAAGACAAGGAUCAAAACGUAAUCUUGCUGUAUUUGGCAAAAGUAUUGAAAAAUUAAUAGAAACACCAAAUGGAUGUAUCGAUGGUAUUCCACGUCUCAUUGUAAAAUGUAUUGAAAUGGUUGAUCGUGAUGGUUUAAAAGAAACAGGUAUUUAUCGUGUUUGUUGUGUCACAUCUGAUUUACAAAAACUUCGUCAUCAAUUUGAUCGACAUUAUCAUCGUGGUGAAGAAUUAUUAGCCGAAAAAAAUGUUCAUGUUGCAGCUAAUUUAUUAAAAUUAUUUUUUCGUGAAUUACCUGAACCAUUAUUUACAAGUACACUUUAUAAGCAAUUCCUGCAUGCUAUACAAUUAAAAGAUAGUGAUAAUCAACGUGUAACACUAUUAAAAACACUUGAAUUAUUACCUGGAAAUAAUCGAAAAAUUUUAUUUCAUUUAUUAGAUCAUCUAAUACGUGUUAGUGAAUUUUCGCAUAUAAAUAUGAUGCAUUUAGAUAAUCUAGCUGUUGUAUUUGGACCUACAUUAAUGAGGCCAUCAAAAUUACUCAUGACAAAUUAUUUUUCAGGUAGUAAUCAACGUUUAAAUGUUGCUGGAGGAAAUAAUGGACAAACAGAUCUUGAUCAAAUGUCAGCUGAAUUACAAGGUUCAAUGCAUCAAUGUGAAGUUGUACUUGCAUGUUUAAAAUUAAGACGAGAUAAUUUAUUGAAAUAA